GUGUUGCUCAACAUUGUAUUUUAACUUUAUUUACAGCAUUUCGACUUUUUUUCUCGAAAUUGUAUCUCGACUUUAUUCUCGUCAUUUCAACUUUUUUCUCAAAAGUCCAUAAUGAAUUUUAUCCCCCCUCCUCUUAUUAUUUUUUUCUCCUAUCCUCUUCGGUAGGAACAACGAAUCUGUGAAUAUCUUUCCAUUUUUAAAGAACACAAAAAGUUGAUUUUAUUCUCUCAUUUCGACUUCGUAUCACAACUUUAAUCUCGACAUUUCGACUUUAUUCUCGAACUGCAUGAAAAAAAAAUCGUCUCAUUAUUUUUCCCCCCUACCUGGCCCCAAUCCUCUUCCGUAAAGUAUUUUUUUUUACCACAUGGAUAAAAUUAACAUAUCUCCAUGACUGUUUCCCACACAUAAAACACCUGUGUUAUAUAAGCGAGCGGCUCAGAGGCUCAUUGGUUGCCGGAGAGCUGCUUGUGUGGGAAAGUCUGGUGUGAGGAGGCAUCUGUCCUUGGGAAGCGGAGAUGUAUACCUUCUUCUUUUUCUUUUUUUUUGUGACUGUUCCAUAUUUUUGUCACGAUUCAUUUCAUGUCACCCGAGGGUGCUUGUGUGUAACGGCGGUGCACACACUCACAGUUUGAACCCCUUUUAACUUUCUCUCCGGGAAACCCCUCGGGAUUACGCAAAGGACUCUCCACAGCGCGCACACGAAGAAGAAGAUAAGAAUUUUCUAGUCUGCGAGUCCCAAUGCUGCUGAGAGAUGUCAAGUGAUUCCGAGAGAAGUAUAGACGCGUUUUCUAGUGUGGAGUUUUGUUUUUUCUAACCGUGUUUGUCCGUGGAUGACAUUUUCUCGGAUUUACAAUGAGCGAGGACACCUAAACGGGGCGCCUCCUGCUGGGAUCGAACCUGCAACCUUUCAGUCGCAGCACAGACUCUUCAGCAAAUAGACGGCUCAAACAACCUGUAUCACACCCACAGUAUGGAUUACACCACGUUCCAAAUCCAUUCAACAACUUUUCUCUUGCUAUGGAUUUAAUCUGGUGGAAACUGUGACUCCUAUACACGUUUUUUUUUUUUAUCAUGACUUUCAUCUUUACGUGCACCCCAGCCAUGCAUCCGGUGGCUUAGUGGGCUUUUUCUCUUUUCACACGUUUCCAUUAACAUUUCAGAUCCUCCGUACACUUAAAAGAGUUGUAGCCUAAAUCUCGUCGGCUCUCAUGGGACUGAGGCAUUCCUCGCGUUGUUUGCUGCUACGGCGGAAGAUGGCGGAGGCGGACAGCUCGGAGCGGCAACAGCCUGUCACAUCCCCCCUCUCUCAGUCUGCCCAGCCCUCCCCACUGCCUAAACCAGUGCCUACUACCCACCAUGUGCCCUGCGCCCCCCAUACGCCUCAUGUAGCAGCCCUGGCCAGCUGUCCUGGUCGAGGCAAGAUCGCCAAGUUCCUCAGCCCGGAGGAAAUGACAUCGCGGGACUACUACUUUGACUCUUAUGCCCACUUUGGCAUCCAUGAGGAGAUGCUGAAAGACGAGGUGCGGACGCUGACCUACCGGAACGCCAUGUACCACAACAAGCAUGUGUUCAAAGAUAAAAUCGUCCUGGAUGUUGGGAGUGGCACCGGGAUCCUCUGCAUGUUUGCCGCCAAUGCCGGCGCCAAACACGUGUACGGGAUUGAAUGUUCAAGUAUAUCUGAAUAUUCAGAGAAGAUCAUCAAGUCCAAUCACCUCCACAACGUCAUUACCAUCUUCAAGGGCAAGGUGGAGGAGGUGGAGCUGCCUGUGGAGAAGGUGGACAUCAUCAUUUCGGAGUGGAUGGGCUACUGCCUCUUCUACGAGUCCAUGCUCAACACCGUCAUCUUCGCCAGGGACAAGUGGCUGAAACCUGGAGGCCUGAUGUUCCCCGACCGAGCAGCUCUCUACGUGGUAGCCAUUGAAGACAGGCAGUACAAGGACUUCAAGAUUCAUUGGUGGGAAAACGUGUACGGGUUCGACAUGAGCUGUAUUCGCAACGUGGCCAUCAAAGAGCCUCUGGUAGAUGUGGUAGAUCCCAAGCAGGUGGUGACUAACGCCUGCCUCCUCAAGGAAGUGGACAUCUACACUGUGAAGCCAGAGGACCUGUCCUUCACCUCAGCCUUCUGUCUGCAGAUCCAGCGCAACGAUUACGUCCACGCCCUCGUCACCUACUUCAACAUCGAGUUCACCAAGUGUCACAAGAAGACUGGCUUCUCCACUGCUCCAGAUGCUGCCAGCACACACUGGAAGCAGACAGUGUUUUACUUAGAGGACUACUUAACUGUCAAGAAGGGAGAGGAGAUCUUUGGCAGCAUCGCUGUCAGGCCCAAUGAGAAGAAUGUGCGUGACCUGGAGUUCACCCUGGAGCUGGACUUUAAAGGACAACUAUGUGAGGCCGCCAUUUCCCACGACUAUAAAAUGCGUUAGGAAAGAAGAUGAACCAACCAGCUACCCUCAGCUCCUCUCGACGCACUCGGAGAGGGGGACGACGGACGCGGGCUCUCCAACAAGCAUUCCAGUUGGCCGGCGAGGGCGACCACACCCAUCUGAUUGGAUGCCAUCACGCCAGCACCUUUGUGAUGUCAUCAGAAUGGGCAAGUAUCGAUCAGCAAUAGUGCCAUCGCCUGUACCAACUUGAUCGACCCGGGCGCAUCGUUGAAUGUAACAUCCUAAAUGAACUUGAUUUCCUUUUCUCUCUCUCACUAGUUUCUGGAAAUUGUAUCGUUUCAAGUAAAAAAAAUGAAAAGCAUUUACGAGUCUUUAUAUUGUUAGUGCAGCUAAUUGGAAAGCAUUGAUCUGCGUGAUGUCCAGAAGGUUCCAGCACAGUCAUCUGUUUUUCUUUUUAGUCAUUUGUUAAGAUUUAUUUGUUGUAUAGGUGCAGUAAUCAGUCGUAUCUUAUUUUGUUUAUUAUUUGCAUGUGAAAGUUUCUUUUUCUUUUUUGCUUCAUUGAUUUCAGAAAAGUGUGAAAAUGUAAUUUCUUUAUUUCUUUAAAUGAGGAUCAUUCAGAACAAAUGUACUUUGGUGCCAGAAUAAAACAGAACAAUGCCUCAAGAAGAGUAACAAACAAACAAACAAACAAACAAACAUGUCAUGUAUCACUUUGUUAUGAUCAAGAUGAUGAAUAACAUUUCAAAAGAAUCUGA